AAAUUCACUAACAUCAUGUUCAUGCGAGUCAAAGAUAUAAAAGCUACUUUACAAAGAGCUAUAUUGUUGGGAGAUAAAUCUACUAUUUUGUUGAAUUGCUUCAAAAUCCUCGUCUGAAAUAAACCCAUAACACAUCGUCGAAAGUUUCUGUUGUUAAAAUACCGUCGAAAGUUUCUGUUGUUAAAAUACAUGUCGCAGUAUUCGGCAAAUCAACAUUCCACUCAAACCACCAUAAAACCGAUUGCCUUCAAACAAAAUGGAAUCAACUUCUAAUAGCAAAAAUUCGGACACCAGGGCCGAUUUAAAUAAUCAGGGGAGCUAUUAUUUUAUUUUAUUUUCGAUAAGUUAUAAUGGGUGCAAUUUAUGUUUGAAUAAAUUUUCGUUCAAUUACCUUAGCGGUUAAUUAAACAACUUCUAUAAAUAUAUUUUCGGACUUUCUCAAUGUUAAGGUCAUAUCUAUUUAUAGAUCUGUUCCCUUUCUCAUUCAUCAAUAUGAAAUGCUGCGAAUCACCAAAGGGGAGACCAAUAUAUGACUUUACAUAAUAGAAAUCGAAAGGUAAUCGUGCUUCCGAAUUUAUUUUUAGCUGUAAAUCGGAGGGAUUAAUUGAUAAAAAUCGGGUCCAUGGACAAAAAAAGGUAAACACAAAUAGCUCACAAUAAAGGGGAGGUAACACUUAAUCGAUCUGACAGGUAGAAGUUAACGUAGCGUUAUCAAACGCACAACUAAUUUUAACCCUCCUGGUCGGAAAGUUGAGUUUUUCUCUGUCCAAAAUGUCUUUUAUGAAGAAGAAAAGUAAAGGAGACGAUAGUGCGACGGAAGAAUUAAAAAAAAAAGCUUUCAAUGAUGAGUAUAACUUGGAGACUGACACAUUACUUGUUCAAGCUAAACGUUUCACCGAAGCUGUAAAGAUUCUUAAAAAAGAGGGCAACAAUAUCCAUCGUAAACGAAAGAAGGAGAAUAGCAGGUCUCUGUCCAAGUGCAUGGACACAUAUGACGAACAUUUGAAUGAACUCAAGGAAACACUUGCUGUAAUAAAUCAGCAUCUUGGGAAGAGUCUGAGAAACACACCCAUUUUAAAACAAAGGUCUGAACGUUUUACAGGCACUCAUGGAAGGAUCGGACAAACGCAAAUUGAAGAGAGAGUUGAGAAAAUUCCAAGGGAUGAAGUAUCUAUGGAGAACUCAGAGAGGCAAUCUGCUGGUAGUAGAAAAAGAGCAAGACAUAGUGAACCUAAUCAAUCUGAGAGGACAGGAACAGAUGGUGACUUUGAAAGAUACGAACACCAAUCUAGUGCCAAGUCUCACAGAAAUGCGCCGGAAGAGUUAGAACAGAAGGUGAAAUUAUUAAAAAAAGAAACGGAACGUCUUCAAUACGAAUUGCAGGCUGAAAAGACUGAAAAAGAUAAAGUUUUUAAAGAAUUAGAGGAUGCAAAGAAAGAGACGAAUGCUCUUGAAGAUAAGCUGAGAGAUUUUCAAAAACAUUCUUCGAAAGAAAAACAUGAUCUUGAAGAAUAUAUCAGAAGACUUCGACAAGAAAAAGACAGAAUAAGUGACGAAAGAGACAAUAAGAGAUUCAAAUACGAAACUGAAAAAGAAGCAAAAGAUAAUGCUUUAAAGAGUUUAGAAGAUAUUAAACAAGAUAAACGUGCGCUUGAAGAAGAACUGGGGAGCUUUCUGAAGCAGUCUACAAGUGAAAGACAUGCUGUAGAAGAAGACAACAAAAGGCUUUCACGAGAGAAUGAUCAUAUAAGUCGUGAAAGAGACGAUGAGAGAAAGCGGUAUAAGACGGAAAAGGAUGCAAAAGAUUCUGCCCUGGCAAGAUUAGAAGCUAUAAAACGAGACAAGUUCGCUGUUGAGGAAGAGCUAAAGAAAAUCGUGUUCUUUUGA